AUGCACAGCUACCACUCGAUCAUCAGUAACAACACCCCCGUCUUGCUAAGCUUGGUAGAAUCCGAUGAUGAGACAGCCGAAUUAUCUUCUGGUGAAGAAGCAGCAGCAGAAGAAGUCUGUGAUAUGGAAUUUCUUCAUCGACUGAUUGCCGAUGCGGGACGGUGGGCCUUUGGAAUCAUUUUCGCCGAGUUGUGGGUAUUGGAUGAUACGGGGACUCAGUUAUUUCGUCCCGAUUGUGGAUGGUGGAUGGAUCACUAUGCUUGUUCCACUCAUGCAUUUUCCAAACUUGUCGAUUCAUCCUUGCCAGAUUACAUUCCUGCCGAGCCCUGCAUGCCCGGCAUUGGGUUGCCAGGAUAUCUUUGGGCGCAAGCUACAAACAAGGCUGGUAAUACAAGACAAAGCGUAAUGUCUGGUCGACAGAGCUUAUUCCGGAAAAGUAGUGACGGGAUUAGAACAAGUUUACUUGGUGCUGGUGGUGGGGGAAAGAUGAGUAGUGCUGCAACUCGAAGUAGCAUGUAUGGAACAAUCAGUAACCUGCACAGUUCCAACGGUCAGCACCAACAGAAUCAU